AAUAAAGUUUCAUUUGAACAACAUGGCGGCGCCCUGUUAUAGGUGUGUGUACUGUCUGGUCAGCCACUGAGAAAGAUGAACCGAGUGUGACAUGGACUGGACAUGAAUUAAUAUUGUCUACAUGACUCAGGAUAUUCUUCGGUACUGCCGUUAUUGUGCAUGAUGCAUAAAACUUGUCAAUUUGCUGUGUAUUCUGUGGGACUGCUGAAGCAGGUGGGAUGCCUACAUCCUUGGUUCGUCCAGGCCACGCCUGCCAUCAGGUCUGGCAUUCGGAGCGUGUUCAGUGAAAGCGGAGUAUGGGAAAGAGACUACAGGGCAGACACCAGACGUAGGGUGGAGACAUGGUGGCAUCCACGCAUCCAGGAGCAAUGGCACAAGGACAUGAAGGAGCAGUGCACCCAGAAGAAGAAGUUUUAUGUCCUCUCCAUGUUUCCCUAUCCAUCUGGACGUCUGCACAUGGGCCAUGUGAGGGUCUACACCAUCAGUGACACCAUUGCCCAGUUCCAGCGCAUGAGAGGUCAUAAGGUUCUGAACCCGAUGGGCUGGGAUGCUUUCGGCCUUCCUGCUGAGAAUGCUGCCAUCGAGCGUGGCCUCGACCCUGAACACUGGACUAAGAGUAACAUCCAGUCCAUGCGGGAGCAGCUGAACAGCCUGGGGCUGUGCUUUAAUUGGGACAGGGAAGUGACUACUUGCUUGCCUGACUAUUACAAGUGGACACAGUACUUGUUUGUGAAGCUUUAUGAAGCAGGACUGGCCUAUCAGAAGGAGGCGCUGGUGAACUGGGACCCGGUGGAUCAGACAGUCUUGGCUGAUGAGCAGGUGGAUGAAAACGGCUGCUCAUGGCGCUCUGGUGCCCGUGUGGAGCAGAAGCUCCUCAGGCAGUGGUUCAUCAAAACCACCAACUAUGCCAAGCCUCUCCUGGACGCCUUGGCGGAUCUCCCAGAGUGGUAUGGUGUGAAAGCGAUGCAGGCCAACUGGAUUGGGGAAUGCUCAGGCUGCUAUUUCGACCAUGUGCUGAGGUUGGAUGACAAAGAGACAGGUGAGGUCCUGUCUGCUUACACGUCUUCCCCUGAAGCUGUGUUUGGAGCUGCGUUCAUCUCGAUCCUCCCUUCUCAUCGGCUUUUGCACGGCUCCAGUCCUGUAGGACCUGCUCUGCACAAAGCGCUUCAGCCUGGAAGAAACUCACUCAGUGAGGUCACUGCACUUAACGUGUUCACUGGGCGUGAGGUUCCAGUUGUCAUCUCUGCUAAGACUGAGUUUCCUGGACAUCUCGACACUGUGAUAGGCAUCCCUGACAGCAGUGAGGAGGAUGCAUGUGUGGCCCAGGAGCUGGGUGUUAGCUGGGAAUCAGUAGUGAAGAGUGAAGAAGAUGGAAGUUACACUCUAAUCAACUCUUCUGAGUUCACAGGACAGUCCCGAGAGGAGGCCUUCAAUUCAAUUACCCAGAAAGCCCGGAAAAGAAAUGUGGGUGGUUACCUCACAAGUUCAAAGCUGAGGGACUGGUUGAUCUCACGGCAGAGGUACUGGGGUACGCCCAUUCCCAUAGUGCAUUGCAGCUCCUGCGGUCCGGUGUCAGUUGCUGUGGAGGAGCUGCCAGUCAUGCUGCCUAAAGUGACUUCCCUUACUGGGAAAGGGGCAAGACCCCUGCAGUCUGCUCAGGAAUGGGUCAACUGCUCAUGUCCUAGGUGUAAAGGUCCUGCUCAGAGAGAGACGGACACUAUGGACACUUUUGUGGAUUCUGCCUGGUACUAUUUCAGAUACACAGACCCACACAACUCGGAGAGGCCUUUCGAUCGCUCUCUGGCUGACCAGUGGAUGCCUGUGGAUGUGUAUAUAGGAGGAAAAGAGCAUGCAGUCAUGCACCUGUACUACGCCCGUUUCCUCAGUCACUUCUGCAAGGACCAGGGCUUGGUCUCACACAAGGAACCAUUUAAGAAGCUGCUGGUGCAGGGCCUGAUUAAGGGUCAGACCUUUCGAGUAGCUGAGAGCGGGCAGUAUCUGAAGAAGGAGCAUAUUGAUUUCACAGCCUCCGAGCCUGUCCAGCGAGAAAGCGGGAAGCAGCUGCAGGUGAGCUGGGAGAAGAUGAGUAAAUCCAAGCACAACGGAAUAGACCCUGAGGAAGUGGUGCAGCAGUAUGGCAUCGACACUGUGCGCCUCUACAUCCUCUAUGCCUCUCCACCCGAGCAGGACAUCCUGUGGGACGUGAAGACUGACGCUCUCCCGGGUGUGCUGCGUUGGCAGUCUCGUCUCUGGGGGCUCGUCACUAAGCUGAGAGAGGCUCGUGAGGGCAGCGACACCCCCAACCCUUCUAUCCUCAACAAGAAAGAGCGCUUAGAGGCUCGGAAGAUCUGGGAGAAUAAAAAUCAAGCCAUUGUGCAGGUCACCACUCACUUGACAGAAGACUUCCUGUUGAAUGCAGCGAUCUCACGGUUGAUGGGCCUGACCAACACACUCUCUCAAGCGUCUCCUCGUGUGGUUCUGCAUAGUGUGGAAUUUGAGCAGGCCCUUGUCUCGCUGUGUGUGAUGGCUGCACCCAUGGCCCCUCACCUGACCUCUGAGCUUUGGGCAGGGUUGUCUCAGGUGAGAAACCCUAUCAACCCCGCAUUCUUUGGUAGUGGAGAUGUCCUGCAGCAGCGCUGGCCAACUGUGGACCCGGAGUACCUGCAGAUUCCUUCCACAGUCGAGGUGUCUAUACGGAUUAACAAUAAGGCUUGUGGGAGUGUUACUGUGCCUCGCCAGGUGGCUCAGGAUGCUGAGAAGGUGCGAGAGCUAAUACUGGGUAGCCCAUUGGGCAUGAAGCUCCUAGCUGACCGUGUUGUUAAGAAAGCCAUCCUCUCUCCCAGGACUGCUCUCAUCAACUUCCUGGUAGAAGAAUGAACUGUAAGAGAGAGACCAUUUUGGUUUUCUGGUGUCUAAAUCAACAAAUGAGUUGCCAUUCAAGAUCUCCAGACACAGAGAGGAGAUGAGGCCUUUGCACUUUGACAGAAGAAUGAUGUAGCUAUCUGUUUUUAAAAUAAAAGCAAUGAAUGAAGACAAUUUUUUAAUAGUAUAUCCUCUUAGCCUGAUAAUCUUCUGUUGAAUUAAAAAAGGUUGAUGAUGGAUAUUAAAUUUCCACCCAUUGUUCCCUCCUUUGUUCUCCUCUAUUUUUAACUGUAACUCAGAGGUUUUUGGUGGCCAUUUUCCUGGAUAUAGUUACACACGUCAUCUGAUGAUGAAGGAUGUCUAAUAGAACUUCAGAUACCCAACCUUUCCACUAUCCCAUCCUUUCCCGAUAAUGGAGAGAUGAAGAGAUGAAGGAGUUAUGUGCUCUUAGAAUCCUGCAAACACUUGUGACUAGAGGAAGUGAGGUUAGGCUAGAACUAGUGAGGUUAGGCUAGGUGACUUAUUCUGUCCUCUUUGGAUCAGUGAGUUAUAUUUGGUAUGUCUAGACUUGUUCUUUUCCCUUAUGCACUUUCAAAUAGAUGGAUACUGAUCUGUUUGAGAAAACUCACCAGACAGAAAGGAAUAACUGCUGAUUCAGUUGUUCUUAUACUGUGGCCUAGAAGCCUGUGUUAUGGAGUCACUUUUGAAAUCAUCACAGUCUGUAAUUUUGUUUAACCUUUUCAAUUUUAGGGAAAAAUAGACAAAAUAAAAAAGUUUCAAUGACCUGGUUGCAUAAGGGUGCACCUCCUUUUAUAAGUGGGGGUGUGGCUGUGUUGAUAAUGAACUAGUCACAUUCAAGCUCAUGUUUAAAAGCAAUUAUCAUACACCUGUCAUCAAUUAAAUGAUUCAGAUUAACCCCAAAAAAAGAUCAGUUGUUUCUGUACGAUUUUCUUGAUUUCUUCUUCUUGACAUGUGACUGCUGAAGCCAUGGUCCACAAAGAGCUUAGAAACCAGGCAUGGUAUCUCACUUGUUGAAAGGUGUUGAUCAGGAGAGGGGCAUAAAAGAAUUUCCAAAACAUUACCAUGGAACACUGUACAGUUCAUCAUCAACGAAUAAAGAAAAUGGAGCACCACAGUGACAUUACCCAGAACAGGAUGUCCCUCCAAAACUUACCAGGGAGGCUGCCAAAACACCUACGGCAAUAUAAAAGGAGCUUCAGGAAUCUCUGAGAAGUAUUGCUUGCUCUCUGCAUGUGACAACAAUCUCUCGCAUUCUUCACAUGUCUGGGCUAUGGGGUAGACCAUGGGGUGGGCAAUCUUAUCCGGAAAGGGCCGGUGUGGGUGCAGGUUUUAAUUCUAACCAAGCAGGAGGCACACCUGAUUCCACCUGAUUAAUCAGUUGAUCUUGGCUUUCAAUAGAUUCAGGUGUGGCUUCUGCGUGGUUGGAAUGAAAACCUGCACCCACACCAGUCCUUUCCGGAUAAGAUUGCCCACCCCUGGGCUAGACGGAAGCCCUUUCUCACAAAAAAAAAAAUCCAAGCUCAAUUAAAUCACAAAAAAAAACAUGUGGCAAAAUGUGGUAUGGUCUGAUGUGAGCAAUUCUAAAAGGUAUGUUUGGUGCAAAAAAAAAAAAAGCACACCAACAAAAGAACACCAUAUCCAUUGUGAAGCAUGGUGGUGGCAGCAUCAUGCUUUAGGGCUGCUUUUCUUCAGCCAGAACUUGAGCUUUUAUCAAGAUGGAGGGAAUCAUGAAUAACUACAAAUACUAGUCGAUUUUUGUGCAAAACCUUCAUGUGUCUGUUAGUAAGCCGAAGAUGAAAAAUAAUUUCACCUUUCAACAUGAGUGACCCAAAGCAUGCAUCCAAAUCAACAAAGGAAUAACUUAACCAAAAGAAGAUCAAUGCUUUUGAAUGAUCUAGCCAGAGCCCAGACCUGAAUCCAAGUAUAAAUCUGUGGGGUGACCUGAAGUGGGCUGUGCACAUGGGAUGUCCUUACAAAUUGAUGGAUCUAGAAUGUUUUUGCAAGAAAGAGUAAGGAAAAUAUUGCCAGGUCAAGGUGUGCCACAUUGAUAGACACUUACCCAAAAGGCUGAGUGGUGUAAUAAAAUCAAAGGGUGCUUCAACAAUAUUAGUUUAGUUUAGUUUUAGUAAGUAUUACUUUAGGGGUGUGCACACUUAUGCAACAAGGCUAUCGUAAUUGUUUUAUUUUUCCUAUUUUUUCCUUAAAUGUUUUUGAUUGUUUUUCACUUAAUUGUCACACUUUGUAAUUUCACAUUGAGGGUGUAAAAAGUUCUGGUAUGAUUUAAUGAUUUAUCUUGGUUUAAUUUUUUAUAUCACAAAAACCUGCCAUUUUGACAGGGGUGUAUAGACUUUUUAUACCCAUAGUGUAAAAAUCCCCCCUUGUCAUCUUUGCUAGACAAUUUGCUAGACAAUCUUUGUCUGAAUUUCUGGGUCAAAUUGCUUUUUUUUUUUAUUCUAAUAUCAUGCACUGAGCACGAUACAUGAGCUGCAUUUGCACAACAGAUAUUUGAAUAGACCGCUGACAUUGGCUUGCAGGUCAGCUAGGUUCCUGUUUGUGUACUUUGUGAAAUUCCAUCAGCAGUUCUUUUUGGAGAGCGCAGAGUCAUCACAUUGCAAUGGCAAUGUAACUCUGUGUCCCUGUCUUCCCCUUCCUGUUGGCUCCAUUGGGCAUUACCACCAUGUCAAAUGGGGGACAGCCGUCUCUCUUGAGUUUCCUAACUUCAUCCACAUAAUCAGAGAGUGAUUUACUUGGCCUUUGAGCAACAAAAGAAGAACAAAAUCUGAGUAAAGCCAUAAAGAACCUCUUUCACCUUCUUGCAAGAGGAGCUAGGCCUCCUGGGUAUUGGAGUCCAGGAGGUGUUUCAGAA